AUGGGAUGGUGGUGGAAAUCGUCCCCGUCAAAGGAUCGGCAGCAGGAUCUGCUUCAGAAUAGCAAGAAUGAUGGCUCCAAAUCGGACUCGAAUAGUACCUCUGUCCCGCCGCCGACGCCGAGGACAUUGACCGCAGACGAACAAGCAGAAGCAGAUCUCAAAAGAUUCUUCGCCAGUUUAGAAGUUGAAGGGAAUAAGCGGUCAAAUCCAGAUCAGGCAUCGUUCCAUCCUUCUUCGUCUCCGUCUGCAUCUCCUGAAGUACCCUCCACAGCGCCCACGGAACCCGCAAAACCAGCCGCAACACCGGAGUCCAUUGCUCCCGACUCCCUCUACGCAGACACCAUGUCUUGCCGUUCUGCAUUCGAUUAUGCCUUUUUCUGUCAAUCAUUUGGUGGGCAGUUUGUCAAUGUCUACAGAUAUGGCGAACUACGGUCCUGCAGUGAACAUUGGGACAAUUUCUGGCUUUGCAUGAAGACUAGGGCGUUUCCGGAGGAAGAGAAAAGAAAGGCCAUUCGGGACCACAACAGAAAGAAAGCGAUUAAGUACAAGACUGGCCCGAGCAGUGAAGAUGUCUGGGAUUUAAGGACAGAACCUGUUCGAGACGCCUUCACCGGAGAUUUCGCUGCGUUUGAGAGGAUGAGGGCUGAGGCAGAAGGGACAGAGAAGCCGUCAUUUGCAUCCUUGAGACCGCACAUCCCAUAUUUGCCACUACACGAAUCAGACCUAUAUCCAGUCAAGGUCUCCGAAACGAUGUCCAUCAGAACAACUCCGAGAAUCUCCCAAACGCACAAGGAUACCAAACAAAAUCCUCAGCCGCAAAGACGUAAGGUCCACUUCAGUCCUAAUAUCCAGGUUAUUCCCGCCGAUUUGCCAUUAUCAAGCGAGAAGAACAACGCCAAUGCUAGACCCAACCGGGAUCCCAGCCGCAGACUCAACCCAAUCAUCAAACCCCCCUCGGACUUCGAUAAAGAAAUGUUAAUCGAAACACUACGAGAAAUGGUGAACAUUGCCGAAAAAGGACUCCGUAUGUACUACAUGUUCCUACGCGACAAAGACAUAGACGAGGCAUUCCUCAUAAACGAGCGCUUUCUGAGACUAAAGGCUAGACGGAGAGCCAUUAGGGAUGCAGGCGAUGCAGGGUUCACCAUGCGGGUAACUAAGAAGACCAGGCAUAGUGGGAGGAAGGCUGGGAGGAGCACAAGCCAAUCUGAAGGGGAACCGGCAAGUACUGGCACUUAG